CCCACCCUCGCCCACACACGCGCCGCCGGGGCCGCAGGACGAAGAUGGCGACCGCCAUGUACUUGGAGCACUACCUGGACAGUAUUGAAAAUCUUCCAUGUGAACUCCAAAGGAAUUUCCAGCUGAUGCGUGAACUGGAUCAGAGAACAGAAGAUAAGAAAGCAGAGAUCGACAUCCUGGCAGCUGAGUAUAUCUCCACAGUGAAGACUCUGUCCCCCGAGCAGCGUGUGGAGCACCUGCAAAAGAUCCAGAACGCGUACAGUAAAUGUAAGGAGUACAGCGACGACAAAGUGCAGCUGGCCAUGCAGACCUAUGAGAUGGUGGACAAACACAUUCGCCGCCUUGACGCGGAUCUUGCCCGCUUUGAGGCGGAUCUGAAGGAGAAGAUGGAGGGCAGUGACCUGGAGAGUUUGGGAGGAAGAGGCCUGAAAAAAGGCCGAGGGCAGAAGGAGAAAAGAGGCUCCCGGGGCCGUGGGAGACGCACAUCAGAGGAGGACACUCCGAAGAAGAAAAAGCUGAAAGGAGGGUCAGAGUUUGCCGAAACCAUCCUCUCGGUGCACCCGUCGGAUGUCCUGGACAUGCCUGUGGACCCCAACGAGCCGACCUACUGCCUGUGCCACCAGGUGUCCUAUGGAGAGAUGAUUGGUUGUGACAACCCAGAUUGUCCUAUUGAGUGGUUUCACUUUGCUUGUGUGGAUCUCACCACAAAGCCCAAAGGAAAAUGGUUCUGCCCGCGCUGUGUUCAGGAGAAGAGGAAGAAGAAGUAAGACUCAGAAGGACCAGUUAAUACCUCCCUCCCUUUAUGUUGUAAUAGCUUCUCUUUAUUUUUAAACUACCUUAUUGUUUCGGUCUGGUGUUGAAUUAUCCAAUGGCCAGUGGUAAUUCUUGGUAUUUCAAAACAAAAAGCAGAAAACCAGCUCUCUUCUCUGAGGAGAGACUCUUGUAGGUAAAUUUGCCACAGGGACUUUGUUUUCCUUCCUUUUUUACAUGGAUUUCCCAAUAGCACUGAACUGGGCAGUAACACUUUUACUAUUUAGAUGGGGUGUUUGCUAAUUAGGCAUCAGGAAAUGUGGGACUGCCACAAGAAGUCCGUGCCCCCUUUGGGACCCUGGUGCCCGCCAUCGCUUGGGAAGUAUAGACAUGACCCUCUGUAGAGGUGGCGCAGCAGCACCAGCUGCUAGACAGCGAGGACAACCCUCACUGAUGCAUGUGUCCAUAGGGGCUGGGGCAGCCCGGCCUUGGCUGGGGCGUCUUCUCAACGAGGCCUCAGCUCCGAUUCUGAAGCCAGUGACUGUGUUUACUUAUGGUAAGGGCCUCUCUCCUGUGCCCACCUGCUGUGGGUCUUAGGGUUCUUACCAUUAGGAAGUGAUUUCUGCUUUAUUGUGCACUGCCCUGUUUGUUUGAAUUUCCACUCCUUCCCUCUCAUGAGGGCUGUACUUGCCUGUUCUGGAGCAAAAUGGGUUUUUAUUAGCACGGAGGCUCUCAGAGCUGCUAAUGAUCAUUUCUCUGGAAGUUCCUCAAGUUUUUACUGUGAAGACAAGCUUAGUGUUUUAGCAUGAAGAUAGUGGGGUCUGAUGUGUUUUAUGAAGUUAAAGUCCAGUCUGCUAAGGCCUGGUUUUAUAUUCGAUUUAUGUUGCACACUGUUAGAGCUGUGAGACAAGAAGCUGUAUCCAAGGGGACUAGAUAAUCUCAGAUGAUGUGGGGAUUCUUGUGGAAAGGAAGCUGUCGGCUGCAGGGGAGACUCUUUACUGAUCAUUUUAAUGAUCCUUUUGAUGAAAUUUUUGAUGAGUAGUUUAGUGUCAUGACGUUUGUUCUGCUACUUUUGAGAUGCCUAGAAAGACAGACAGGGUUGGAAUUCUGACGAUACUCUGAAACCCUCAGCAUGAAGCUAAAGGGAUUAGAAAGAAAAGAGGAGGGAAGAAAAAAAUGCUUUCUUCUUAGACUCUAGAGAGUGAGUCUGGCCAAGCUGAUGGAGGAAUACAAUUCUAAGAUGCUGCUUUUGUUAGCUGUAGAAUGAGGGUCACUUGCAAAGAUGCCAUCGAGGCAUGUUGUUCUUGUGUUUACUGCCAUCAUUUGUGAUUUUCCAAUGCUUUCGCUCUAAAAUGGGCCAAGUGAUAAGGCAAGCCAGGAGCACUUCGAGCCUUCGUCACCAAGUUCAUUUUUAGUGCGUGAGGGUGGUGAGAACCUCAAACAGCCAAGAUAUUAUUAAUAAUCAACGGAGUGGAUCUGAUUCUUCGAAGAUCUCUCCCAACCUUCACAUCCAGGCUACUUUCUGUUUGAGGCCUUUGUGUUUCUGACAGAAAGAUGUGCCAAGGGUUAUGCUGUUUAAGUCAUUGAAUCGUGGUGUUUACACUCAGAAUUUAGGUUUGAGGCUUGAGCGCCUUUGAUUCUUGGGAAAGUGGGGUCAGGCAGCUGGUCCCCCACCUCUCUCCUGCAGGGUCAGAUCUGUGUUCGGAACCCACUGCUCUGGGCUCUUGGGGAGUGGCCAGGCAAAGGCCUGACUGGCUGCCCUUCCCUUCUUGGCUUGGGGCAGCCAGCCACUUACUCUCUGUGAUUCAUUGAAUGCUUCAUCUGCUCUAUUUAGUUGCUGUUGAAAAGCAGGGAAAAAAGUAGUAGAAAUUAUGGGGAAAAUAUUUUUCUAGAUUUUCUUCCCAGUAUGUAUGGCGAAAUCUGUAAGUACAGCAAAUUUUUAAUGAGAGAAUUUCUGUUGAUUCUUUAGUAGCCAAUUUAAUAAUGUACUUCUUUGGUCUUUGACCACACAAUAGACAAUGUUUCGCUCAUCAGUGUAGGGUUUUGGGGACGUAGUAAUAAGUGUCUGGGGGCUUGUGAUCUCAUGAGAAAGUGACUGGCUCCCAUGACUGGUGGGAGCAUUUGGUGACAUGCGACUUCUCAUUGUCCUGUUCUGGGAGGCUCUGCCUGGAGGGUUCUGUUAUGCGUUUGAAAAUAAUGUCACCAAAAUGUUAGGUGCAGAACUUUGGAGCAAACGGACAGAGAGUGGAAGAGAAAAGGCCCCCCCAGUAGUCUCUGAAACCAGAGCAGAUGUGUCUGUCUGACCAUUGUGAUGGGGGAGAUGGAUCUUAUCCCAGGGGUGGGCCUGCACCUGCAGGAUUCUCCCUCUCUCCCCUAGUCCUCUAAGGUUAGAUCUAGCCUGAUUUUAGGGGGCUUGGCUCCCAGGCCAAUUCUGCCUGUCUCUAAAGUAGAUUUGAACCUGACUGUUGGUCUUGUCUGCUACGACUGGCCCCAUCUUCUUUAGGCUGGGAAGAGCCUUGAUCUCCUCGGUCUGCUCCAGCCUAGGGCCGCACUUGAAGGUUUGGGCUGGAUUGUGAAUGAUUGAGGAUGGAGGUUAGUCUUAGCUAAUCUUUGGAUCCCCCCCAGCACAGUCCCUUGCACCUGCUUAGUGCUAAAUAAGUGUUUGUUGAUUGAAAUGAAUGCGUUUUGAAUGUCCCAGACUAUUUAAUCCCACAGUUUAUGACACUGUAUAUGAGCCAGGUAUAAUGUAUUAUCCAUAUUUUUUUGUGCUUAUUUGCAAGUAAAAACUAUAGUCUAUUCAGAAGAAAAGUCAGAACAUUUCAGGAGUUGAUUUUCCCUUCCUCGAUGCUUAGAUUGUUAGAGUUAACACUUUUAGAACAAUUCUUCUGUUGUCUUCUGGGAGAAAACAUGCUGCAUUUUAAAAACAAAGUGUUUAUUUCAUUGAGUCUCAUAAACCUGUGUUUGUCUGUAGUGGAAUUGCUGGCUGGAGCAAGUCCCUUAGAAGCUGACCCCUUGGAGGCAGGAAGGAGCUCCUAAUCUAGAAAUGCAGAACUGGGCCUCCCUUCCAAGGGCGUUCACACCAUUGGGCGGCUGUCAGGGAGCUGGGUGGGAGGACCAUCUCCCAGUGAAAGCCCAAGAGGCUUCUCUCUAGCAGGGACUCGAGAGAAAAGGGACCAUGCAUAGUCAGUCAGUCAUAGGCUUAGACUUCAUUCUUUUUUUUUUCUUUCUUCUCCUCUCCGGUGGCCUCUCAGAGCCUGUCAUGUCGUCAGCACUGGAGCAGGGCUAGUGUAAUCUAGCGAUAAAGCUGGCCCACAGAGAGCAGCUUCCUCUGGAUUUGGCAGCCAGCCUCUGCUCCACACAGGGGUUGGGGUGGGGAGUGGGCAGGGACUUGGGUUUUUCUUUUUCCUUUUAAACAAAAUGAAGAAUUUUGAUUCUGGGCAUUGGAAAGUUUCAAGGUUUCCUAGGUUUUUGGUGUUCCACUGUUUGCUGGUCAUCGCCUUUGCGAAAGGGAUUGAAAAACUGGGAAAAUCUAAGGUUGUUCUAAUUGACGCAAGGUUACAAAGAUGUUUUUUCACAUACGUGUAUAUUUGGUGUCUUCAGCUUUACCACAUUUCAUCCAAAAAGAUGAUGAUGCAGCUUUAACAUGAAUGUUACAUUUUAUUUUCAAAGGAAAUAUGUUCCCUUUGUAAAUGGAAGAGAAUAUUGUAAAUCUUUUUAUUAAAAAUAAUGUAAAGUAAAGAUGUAUAUCUGUAUUUUUGGAUCAUGUUAUAGAUAAUGGAUAUAUUGUUUAAUAAAUAAAAUAUUUUUGGG